AUGGCAGCAAACACAGGAGCUUCAGGAUGGCUAAGGGGCAAGGUGAAGGCUGUGACGUCUGGAGACUGCCUUCUCAUCAUGGGGAGCACCAAGGCAGAGAUCCCGCCAGAGAAGUCCAUCACUCUGUCAUACCUUAUGGCCCCAAGGCUGGCUCGUCGUGGUGGAGUGGAUGAGCCAUUUGCUUGGGAAAGCAGGGAGUAUCUGAGGAAACUCUGCGUAGGAAAGGAGGUCACAUUUAGAGUGGAUUACACAGCUCCUAACAUCGGACGAGAAUUUGGCACUGUCUACCUUGGCGACAAGAACGUUGCCUACUUGGUGGUUGCUGCAGGAUGGGCAAGGGUAAAGGAGCAAGGCCCCAAGGGGGGUGAACCACUUCCAAAUGUCUCUGAGCUUCUAAGGUUGGAGGAAGUUGCUAAGCAACAGGGUUUAGGCCGUUGGAGCAAGGAACCUGGUGCUGCUGAAGAUUCGAUAAGAGAUCUUCCACCAUCAGCAAUUGGCGAACUUAGUGGUUUUGAUGCAAAGGGUUUUGCAGUUGCCAAUAAAGGCAAGAGUCUGGAAGCCAUUGUUGAACAAGUUCGUGAUGGCAGUACCAUUCGUGUUUACUUGCUUCCAAGUUUCCAAUUUGUCCAGAUAUAUGUUGCUGGAGUGCAGGCUCCGUCCAUGGGGAGACGACCACCGAAUCCUACUGUUGUUGCCGAACCAGAGGGCACUACUAACGGCACUACAAAUGGUGAUGAUUCUGGGGAAGCUCCUGCACCACUGACAACAGCACAAAGGCUUGCUGCAUCGACAGCCUCUACUGAAGUUCCACCAGAUAGGUUUGGAAGAGAAGCUAAGCAUUUCACAGAGACUCGAGUUCUGAACAGAGAUGUGCGAAUUGUGGUGGAGGGGACAGACAGUUUCAGUAAUAUAAUUGGUUCGGUGUAUUACCCAGAUGGUGACACUGCUAAGGACUUGUCCCUUGAGCUUGUUGAAAAUGGUCUUGCGAAAUAUGUGGAGUGGAGUGCGAACAUGCUAGAUGUUGAAGUUAAAAUAAAGCUGAAGAAUGCUGAACUUCAGGCAAAAAAGGAACAGCUGAGAAUUUGGACUGGAUUUAAGCCACCAGUGACAAAUUCAAAGCCAAUCCAUGAUCAGAAAUUCACUGGAAAAGUGGUAGAAGUUGUGAGUGGUGAUUGUAUUAUUGUUGCUGAUGAUGCUGCUCCUUAUGGAAGUCCUUCAGCAGAACGGCGGGUUAAUCUUUCAAGUAUUAGAGCUCCUAAGCUAGGCAAUCCUCGCAGGGAGGACAACAAGCCCGACAAAUUUGCUCGUGAAUCUAAGGAAUUCUUGCGCACACGGUUGAUUGGCAAACAGGUGACCGUGGAAAUGGAAUAUUCUAGAAGGAUCAGCACCAUGGAUGGACAGAAUGCUGUGCCUGUAAUGAACUCGGCUGAUACCAGAGUUUUGGAUUAUGGUUCAGUUUUUCUAGGUUCGCCAUCACCGGCGGACGGAGAUGACACAUCUUCUGCUCCAAGCACAGGCACCCAGCCUAAAAUUAAUGUUGCUGAGCUUUUGCUCUCACGGGGCUUCGCUGAGAUAUCAAAACACCGUGACUACGAGGAAAGAUCACAUUAUUUUGAUGCUCUAUUAGCGGCUCACUCACGUGCUGAGAAAGCAAAGAAAGGAAUUCACUCUGACAAACUUCCUCCUGUGAUGCAUAUAACCGAUUUAACAAUGGUUAAUUCUAAGAAGGCCAAAGAUUUCCUUCCCUUCCUGCAGCGGAAUAGAAGGCAUACUGCUGUUGUUGAAUAUGUGUUCAGCGGUCAUCGUUUCAAACUGACAAUUCCAAAGGAGACUUGCAGCAUCGCUUUUUCAUUGUCUGGUGUUAGGUGCCCUGGUAAAGAUGAGCCCUACUCGAGCGAAGCUAUUGCUUUGAUGAGGAGGAUGAUUCUACAGCGUGAUGUGGAGAUUGAGGUUGAAACAGUUGAUAGAACUGGAACAUUCAUAGGUUCCUUGUGGGAGUCGAAGACCAACGUUGGUUCUGUUCUUUUAGAGUCUGGCUUGGCCAAGCUUAGUUCAUUUGGCUUGGAUAGGAUUCCAGAUGCUCAUGUCCUCACAAGAGCUGAAAAGUUAGCAAAGCAGCAGAAACUGAAGAUAUGGGAGAACUACGUCGAGGGUGAAGAAGUUACUAAUGGGUCAGCCUCUGAAUCCAAACAAAAGGAAAUUCUCAAGGUUGUUGCUACUGAAGUUCUUGGUGGUGGAAAGUUCUAUGCCCAGACAGUAGGUGACCAGAGAGUAGCUUCCAUCCAACAACAGCUUGCAUCCUUGAAACUUAAGGAGGCACCAGUCAUUGGUGCUUUUAAUCCUGGGAAGGGAGAGAUAGUUCUUGCUCAGUUUAGCCUCGACAACUCUUGGAAUAGAGCCAUGAUUGUUAAUGGACCCCGAGGAGCUGUAGAGUCUGUAGAUGACAAAUUUGAAGUAUUCUACAUUGAUUUUGGUAACCAAGAAGUGGUUCCUUACAACCGCAUCCGGCCUGCAGACCCAUCAGUAUCCUCCUCUCCUCCUCUUGCUCAGCUGUGCAGCCUUGCCUUCAUCAAAGUGCCUGGUCUGGAAGAUGAUAAUGGUCAGGAAGCAGCAGAGUAUCUUAGUGAAUGCUUGCUAAGCAGUUCAAAACAAUACCGGGCAAUGAUCGAAGAGCGCGACACUACUGGUGGAAAAGUGAAGGGACAAGGCACUGGACCUGUUCUCAUUGUGACUCUUGUUGAUCCAGAGACAGAAUCCAGCAUCAAUGCUGCCAUGCUCGAGAAGGGCUUGCCCGACUUGAAAGGGGCAAGAGAUGGGACACCAAGGAGAGGAAGACAGCUCUCGAGAAUCUGGAACAGUUCCAGGAGAAGGCGAAGAAGGAAAGGCUGCGGCUGUGGCAGUAUGGAGACGUCGAAUCUGACGAGGAAGAUCAAGCUCCAGGCGGGAGGAGACCCCCGCCGCGUCGGUAGACGAGAUAAUGCCGCGGCAGGCAGUGGCGCAGUCAUGGUUUAG